GUGCGGGGAGCCCGAGGUAGCCCUGGACAGCUCUGCAUGGCAUUGGAUGAUUUCGAUUCUCCGGGUCCCGGCAGCUUUCCUGCUCGAAAAGCAAGCGAGAGCAACGUCCGUGCUCGCCAGGGAGGCGAGCCCCGAGUCGGGACUCAGCCUGACUCAGGAGGUGCUGCUGCUCUCCUGCCCGAAAUUUGCAGGGAAGAGCAGAGCUCCCUCCUCGGAGCUCUGCGCUCGGGAGCGGCGGCUGGGAGGGUUCAGCCGUUCUGGGUCGUUUGUCGAGAACGCGAGAAAAAACUAGUAAACGCUUUUCUCGUCGGGGCCGUUUGCUCUCAUUAGUGCUCCUUUCGUGCGAUUUGCGGAAUUAACGUGGCACCUUCUAGGAUAACGGGUAUCUUUCUGUUUAUUGAAUUGCAAGGCUGGCGCGGCUCUUACGGAGAGAUGAGGCGGGACCCGCCCCAAACACUCCAGCCCUCCCAAAGGCCAGGGGAAGAACGUGUCCAGAGAUACACUGGCCCGGAUUCAGACUGACAGUGUGGUUGAGAUGCUCCGUGAGUUUUACCCUGACAUCUGCUUUGAGAUUGUUGCCAUGUCUACAACUGGAGACAAGAUCUUAGAUACAGCACUGUCUAAGAUUGGGGAGAAGAGCCUCUUUACCAAAGAGCUGGAAAACGCACUUGAAAGAAAUGAAGUUGACCUAGUAGUUCACUCCUUGAAGGACCUGCCAACUUCUCUUCCUCCUGGCUUUACCAUCGGUGCCAUUUGCAAAAGAGAGAACCCACAUGAUGCUGUUGUCUUUCACCCCAAAAACUGUGGGAAAACACUCAGUCUUCUUCCUGAAAAGAGUGUUAUUGGAACUAGUUCACUUCGGCGAGCAGCCCAGCUCAAAAAGAAGUUCCCUCAGCUUGAAUUCAGGGAUAUUAGAGGAAACUUAAACACCCGCUUGAAGAAGCUAGAUGAGAAGGAAGACUUCAGUGCUAUAAUCCUGGCUGCUGCCGGACUGAAGAGAAUGGGCUGGGAGAAUCGCAUUGGUCAGCUCCUGAGCCCUGAAGAUUGUCUGUAUGCUGUGGGGCAGGGGGCUUUAGCGGUGGAGGUUCGUGCCAAAGACCAAGAAACGCUGAAUAUGGUAUCUGUCCUGCAUGAUGGAGAAACUGUAUUAUGCUGCAUUGCUGAGAGGGCUUUCAUGAAACAUUUGGAGGGUGGCUGUAGUGUCCCUGUUGCAGUUAACACCAUGCUGAAAGAUGGCCAGUUGUAUUUGACAGGUGCAGUCUACAGUUUGGAUGGAUCUGAUAGCCUGAAGGAAACAAUGCAGACCAGUGUUAAUUAUCCACAACGGAAUGAAGAUGGACCAAAUGAUGAUGUGCAGCAUGUUGGCAUCACAGCCAAGAACAUCCCUGGUCAGGCCCAGGAAGCUGCAGAGAACCUUGGUAUUGAACUAGCUAAUUUACUUCUGAGCAAGGGAGCUAAGCACAUCCUUCGUGUGGCAAGGCAGCUGAAUGAUGCCUGCUAAGCCUCUAGUGAGAUCAGCAAGAUUGUUACAACUCUUGCUCCAGUCUUCGCAGCUAUUCUAUCAGCUAUUUGAGGAAGAGUUCUUGUUUUUAACAUUUGCACCAGCCUUGUCUGACAUUUGGGCAUAAAAUACUUGAAAUACCUAACUAA